UGAGGUUGAAAAGGUGUCCGAGUAAAGAAUAAAACCGGGCUGAAUGGAAAGAAAGCCAUUCCAGGCACUCUGGAAGCAUGAAGACGGGUUAUAAGGAAGAACUUCCUGGGAGGUCAUAUGAACAUCAAGCACACAAGAGGAAGAAAGCCUCUUCAACUGCAAGAGACAGCUCUGAGGACAGGCUAGAGAGAGAUGACUGCUCAUCAAAAAGAGCCUGGCACCAGCGAAGGGGGAGUGUCAGCUCAGAAGCCAGUGGUUCCUCUGCAGAUAGCGGACUGAGAAGCAAGUGCUCUGUGGAUAGCGCACUGGGAAGCGAGUGCUCUGCUGGUAGCCCAGCAGAAAGUGUCAACUCUUUGGAAGGUGCUUUGGAAACUGACUGUUCUGUUGAUAGCCCAGUGGCAAGUGAGUGUUCUGGGCAUAGCAAAUUGGCAAGUGACUGCUCUGUGGACAGACCAAUGGAAAGUGAUACGUCUGUGAGUAGGACAGAGAACUCCAACCCAGAGCCAUCUGUCUCCUCACAUGACCAGCACCAUGGAAACAGGAUGAUGGAUGAUGAGUUGUCUAAAAAAAAAUUCGAGAAAUUAUUGGAAAGACGGACCUACAUGUGGAGAAAGGCCCUUUUGAAUAAAAGAGACAGCUCUAAGGGCAGGUCAGUGAGGUCCAGGAAAAGCCCUGAGGCAAGUGACUGCCCUGUGGAUAGCCCUGAGGCAAGUGACUGCUCUGUGUAUAGCCCUGAGGCAAGUGACUGCUCUGUGUAUAGCCCUGAGGCAAGUGACUGCUCUGUGUAUAGCCCUGAGGCAAGUGACUGCCCUGUGGAUAGCCCUGAGGCAAGUGACUGCUCUGUGUAUAGCCCUGAGGCAAGUGACUGCUCUGUGGAUAGCCCUGAGGCAAGUGACUGCUCUGUGUAUAGCCCUGAGGCAAUUCGCUGUUCUGUGGAUAGCCCUGAGGCAAGUGACUGCUCUGUGUAUAGCCCUGAGGCAAUUCGCUGUUCUGUGGAUAGCCCCGAGACAGUUCGCUGUUCUGUGGGUAGCCCCGAGACAGUUCGCUGUUCUGUGGGUAGCCCCGAGACAGUUCGCUGUUCUGUGGGUAGCCCCGAGACAGUUCGCUGUUCUGUGGAUAGCCCCGAGACAGUUCGCUGUUCUGUGGGUAGCCCCGAGACAGUUCGCUGCUCUGUGGAUAGCCCCGAGACAGUUCGCUCCUCUGUGGAUAGCCCAAUGGGAAGGGUCUACUCAGUCAGAAGAGUCAGCCCACAAAAGCCUCAGAGGUCCCCGACAUUGGGUAGUCCAGCUGCGAGUUUUGCCUCUGUGGCCAGCCCGUUGACUCCUGUGAACUCAGCAGCCACUGACUGCUCUGUGGAUGGGAUACUGAGAAGCAGGGUUAAUGCCUCUGAAAACAUCUUCACAGAAGUGGAAAUGGAAGUCCUUGAAAAAACCUCUUUAAAAACCUUUUUGCUUGCUUCUCGUCAGAGGGCUGUUGCUGCUGGAUCUGAAGCGGUCCAUGCUUUUAGCCAGCUGGCUGCCUAUGUAAGAAACUUCAUUAAAGAGUACCCGGAAGACCUGGAAAGGAUCUCGAAGGAUGAUCUUAACAACUUGAAUGAAAAAGACUCUUUCACAGCUUCUCUUCUGCCUCCAAGCGCCCCAGCGAGUGUCAUCUCUAUGGACAGCCCGUUGGCGAGUGUGAGCUCAGUGGCCAGUGACUGCUCUGAGGAGAGGUUUAUAAACUUCAGCUCAGGAAACCCCCAGUCUUCUCAGCCUUGCAGCUCCCCAGCAAGGGUCAUCUCUAUGGACAGUCCACUGGCGAGUGUGAGCUCAGAGGCCAGUGACUGCUCUGAGGAGAGGUUUGUGAACUUCAGCUCAGGAAACCCCCAGUCUUCUCAGCCUUGCAGCUCCCCAGCAAAAGUAAUCUCUAUGGACAGCCCGUUGGCUAGUGUGAGCUCAGUGGCCAGUGACUGCUCUGAGGAGAGGUUUAUAAACUUCAGCUCAGGAAACCGCCAGUCUUCUCAGCCUCAGAGGGCUGCUGCUGGAUCUGAUGCUCCCCCUGUCUCUUUACAUGACUCUGGAAGCAGCUGGCUGGAUAUAAUGAUCUUCACAGAUAACCAAUUGGAAGAGAUUAAUGACCUUCAAAGCAGCCCAAACACCACCUCUUGGAGUGCUCCUACUCCUGUCUACUGUCAAGACUCUGAAAUUGAGAUGAAUGAAACGGUCUCUUUUUAUGAUGACACAGAAACGAUUCCGAGAUUCCGAGAUGUCUCUUAUUAUGAUGACCUUUUUAGUAUCAUAGAGGACGAAUUGAUCAACUUGAAUGAAAAAGCCCCUAGAACUGCUUCUGCUUCUCCUUCACUUCCAAGAAUGGCAGCAAAGGAAAUGAUCAUCGCAGAGACAGCAUCUGAUACGUUGAUGAACUCAAGUGGAAAACCGAACACACAGCGCAAGCCAGCCCAGAGCAAGACAACCCAGUGCAAGACACCCCAGCCAAAUCACAACUCGAAACCUGAUAGCAGUGUGAAUAAAGAAAACUCAGCGAGACCUGACUUUUACAACCAGGGAACUGUCAGCUCAUCAGCACAUGGCGACUUUAUAAACAACAGGGCAAACUACAGGAGUUCAGGAAACCAUUUCACUUCUGUGACUGCACAGGCAGCAGAAACAGCAUCACAUGUAAUGUUUGAGGCUGUACAGGCAGCAGAAACAGCAGCAUCACAGUUAAUGUUGAAGGGUGUACAGACACCAGCAGAAGCAGAAGCAUCACAGUUAAUGUUGAAGGCUGCACAGGUAGCAGAACACGCAAAUGAAAUGUUCAUGGGAGCACAGAGAGCCACAGAAGCAGCAGCAUCACUGCUAAUGUUCAGGGAAGCACAGAGACCAGCAGAAACAAAUGUAAUGUUCAGUGAAGCAUGGGAAGCAGCAGCAGCAUCAAUGGUAAUAUGUAAGGUUGCACAAAGAGCAGCAGCAGCAUCACAGCUAAUGUUUAAGGCUGCACAAAGACUAGCAGAGGCAGGUGUGCUGUUCGGGGAAGUACAAAGAGAAGCAACAGCAUCACUAUUAAUGGUGAAUGCUGCACGUAAAACAGCAAUUGCAUCACAAUCAAUGUUUAAGGUUGCACUGGGAGCAGAAAAAGCAGCAUUUGCAAUGUUCACGGAAGCACAGAGACCAGCAGAAGCAAAAGAAUCACAGGAAAUAUAUAUGGCUGUACAGGCAGAAGCAGCAGCAGCAGCAGCAGCAGCAUCACCGUUCAUAUUUAAGGCUGCACAGAGAGCAGCAGCAGAAAGGCAAUUCCAGCGUUGUAGAUCAUCUAACCAUUGCACACAAUAUGUACAUUUGCAACCAUACACAAGAACGCCCUUCAUUAAUUAAACAAACAUUGCUGGCUAUAUAGAUGAAGUGCUUUUUAAACCAUGUCCUAGUACAAUGGGUAUAGGGUCUUAUUGUCUUUUCUGGUUGGUUAAGAAAGGUAAUUAAAGGGGAAUGUCUUUUUUCUGAUUGGUUAAGGAAUGGUAUAAUAAGGCGCACAUGUGUAUUUAAUCUUUGAUUCUGUUAUGACCUGUGCUUGGGGAAAAUUGAAUACCCAACUGUUCGAUUGUAUUGAAUAAAAUAUCUUUGUUGAAAUCUACAA